AGCCAUAAUGUAUUCAACAUUGAUACAUGAAUCGCAAAUUGUGGAAUUUUAUGCGACUGUUUAAGCAGGUUCAUACUAUGUCACAACUCCAGGAACUAUUCACAGCGGCAGCCCGACCCUUGCCAGACAUUAAAGAUCCCGGCUUCAGCUCGAACUUCGACAGUUUCGCGGAUUAUCGCCUUGUCCUUCUGGGCGAUGGCAGCCAUGGCACCUCGGAAUUCUACACCGCGCGGGCAGAGAUCACCAAGCGUUUAAUCGAGCACCAUGGCUUCACCAUGGUAGCCGUAGAGGCCGAUUGGCCCGACGCUGAAGUAAUCGACCGUUACGUGCGUCAGCGUCCAGGCCCCAAGACAAAGAUCGGGGGUCACUCAAAACCAAUUGAUCCCUUUACUCGGUUCCCCACGUGGAUGUGGCGCAACCGUGAGAUGCAGGAGCUGGUCGAAUGGAUGCGCGAUUACAAUGUGCAAGUGCCAGACAGCAAGAAAGCCGGGUUCUACGGUCUCGAUAUAUACAGUCUGGGGGCCUCGAUCCGGGCAGUGAUUGACUACCUCGACCGUGUUGACCCAGCUGCCGGUAAAGUUGCCCGUCAGCGAUACGGCUGUUUGCAGCCAUGGGUAGAUGAUCCCGCAAUGUACGGGCUCGCUUCCGUGCGCGGAAUGGAGAAUUGUGAGAAGGGGGUGCUAGACACGCUCCGCGACUUGCUACAACGGCGACUAGAGUAUUCCGAAGACCGCCAUGAUGGCGAGGAGUACCAUAGCAGUGAGCAAAAUGCGUAUCUGGUGCGCGACGCGGAGCGCUACUAUAAGGCUAUGUAUUACAGCUCGGCGUCGUCGUGGACACUGCGCGAUACACACAUGGUGGAUACUCUCCGUAGAACACUGCGUCAUAAGCCCGAAGGAACGAAAGCCGUGGUGUGGGCGCACAAUUCUCACUGCGGAGACGCACGAUACACUAGUAUGGGGACCCGGCGCAAAGAAGUGAAUAUCGGCCAGCUAUGCCGUGAGCAGUUCGGCCGUGAGAAUGUAGCCUUGAUUGGCUGUGGCACGCACACCGGCACGGUGGCAGCAGCACACGAAUGGGAUGAAGACAUGGAGGUCAUGGAUGUCCGGCCCUCGCGGAAGGAUAGCUGGGAACGUGUCGCCCACAACACAGGAAUCCCAAGUUUCUUAAUCGAUCUGCGGCGGGACCGCAUCGAUCCCAACCUGGCAGCUGCGUUCGAAGCCGAGCCUCUCCGGCUUGAGCGAUUUAUUGGUGUGAUUUACCGGCCAGAUACAGAGAAGAUAUCCCACUAUUCGGCGGCAGACCUGCUCAAUCAGUUUGACGGGUAUGUCUGGUUCGAUGAAACACAGGCUGUGAAGCCACUGGAAAAGCAUGAGCCGGUGACGCCACGAGGAAAGGAGGAGACUUAUCCAUUUGGAUUAUAAUGAGAGUCAAGUAGAGCUAGUAUAAUCGAUCGAUCAUCUGUGCACAAAAGUCAAGAAUAUACGAACGGAGCAAUAAUAUCGUGAUACCAGGACCAUAUCAUAGCCAUGUAAUUUUAUGCAAAAUAACGGCUUUUCCGAGUUCCGUGGAGAAGGCAAUAGAAACAAGCAGUUUCUCGAUUUCUAAUAGAUACUUUUGAGUCUUUGACGCUGCUCGAUGUUUGUCCCUUCGGAGAUUGGAGUUAAGACGGAAACCGCAGUUAAAC